AUGUCUGGCAUCGUGGAGCCCUCUACAAUAGCAAGCACAAGCGCAUCUUUACUACAGCAACUAAAUACCCCAACGCCAUCCCCGGCAACAUCGUCAUUGUCCUCUUUACCGCUCCAACUCUUGACAUCCCCCCUUCGUGCCUUUCAACACGCUGAAACAUUUGCCCUUCGAACGGUUCCUCUUACCUUCGUUAGAAUAACUGGAAUCAACACGCUCUGGAAAGGAGUCGGCUCAACAGCCGGGACUGGCAGUGCAGCAGCAACCCAUGCAACCGCGGAUAUGGCGGGAAGUGGGUUCGCCGAUGUAGCGGGCCAGGAUGGUAGUUACUAUAUUGCCGAGUUCUUGGCCGCUCUGAAGAAGCUAGGUGGAUUCUUCGGGUACCUGACAAGUCUAUGGUCAUUUGCUUGUCUGGUGGAGGCGCUUAUUCUAAACCGAAUCACUAUAUAUGCAUCCACACGGCGACACCUCAGACUUGGAUGGGAAAGGCGUGUGGCUCUUCGCUUGAUUCCUGUUCUUCUAUUUGCCUAUCAGAUCGUGAGCUUGCUUCGCGCCAUCCGGUGUCAAACCGCACCAUCCUUUUCUACAAUGCGCUACGGCGCCCCCGAAAAGCAACUCGUCUUUGAUUAUUCUAGUGAUGGAGGUGCGCUGUACUCUCUCAGCUCGACUCUGCUUGGAUGGGAGUCCGAAGAGCAGUCUUGCAAAGCUGUGAAGAUGGCGCGCGGAAGUAACUCCGAACUCCCAUAUGGAUCAUUUUCUCUUCUAUGGCCGACAUUCGUGAUUCUUUGCUUGAGCCACUUUGUUGAAACGCUGUCGUGCGCAUUGCAAGGUAGACCAGUGAUGACAGAGACCGGCAUGUCCAUAUUCGAACACUCGCUUGCCUUUGCGGAAGCUGAGUCGAUGAUAAGCAAAUCCAUCGGACUAGGCAUGUUCGGUCUUCCCAAACAAAGCCCUCUUAGUGCCAUGGCUGGCGAAUCAGACGACAGUGCAACCUCCGUCCUUCAACUUCUCACCAGGUCCCAGGUCCUGGAACGUAUGAACGUUACGCCAGAACUAUUACUGAUUGCAUUGAUCUCGUGUUGCAAUAGCGCAUCAUCUCACAUUUUAGACAUUUUCGGCAAGCAAAGCAGAUAUCGACUUUUCAACACUGCUCUUUGGGGUGCCUGCUUCAUGGCCGCCAUGUCGUGGGGUUUAGAAGGGGGGCCACCUGUCAGCAUCGAAACUGGUGUCCUCAAAUUCCCGACUGUGUGUAUUGUUGGAUUCAUCCCUCAUAUCCUGGUCCUCGCUGGAAUACUCAUCUGUUUCGUGAUAUACGGACUUGCACUUACUAUUACCGCUUUCUCGCUCCCUUCGGAAGAUGCCCAACCCGUUUCAAUUUAUGAUCGUUUCAUGCUGGCCCAUGAAAACAUGCAAGGCUCGAGCCAAAUACGAAGCAUCCGCAUCAAUAGACAUGAAGACUUUUAUACAACAUUACUCCGGGUUGGAUACGUCGCUCUAACAGCUGCAAGCGAAGCCGUGUUCUUGAAUGAAGGAAAAGCAGUCAUUGCGAGGCGGAUGACAUGGCUGGAGGAGGACCGGCUGGCUGAGAUCGAGGCUCGGCGACAGAAGAUUUCCUACGGACAUUCGCAACACGAAUCCAACACUCGACCUAUUGAGGCCAUGGGCUUCGCAAGCUUUGAUAUACCCGAGAAGGCUCAAACGUGGGAGACUGGCUACAACCGCGAACAGAAGAUUGAAAAGAAAAAGAACGGGUCUCGUGCCGUUCGCUCUGAAGCCGAGCUAGGAGGAGUAGGCGCUGUGCGCGUUUCAAUUAGAUUGUGGCAUGUGCUCUCAUUCUUCCGCGCAAUUUCCCUCCUGGUGCUCCGGUGGGUUGUAUAUGGACUCAGCAAUGUCCUUGAUCGAUUGGGAAUCAGUGCUCGGCCAAUGUGGCUGAAACGCCUCAUUGGCCACCGCCGACAGACGUCCGGUUCUGGCAAAGAGACCCAGAGGCAACCUUUGGAUUUCUGGAUUUUAUCUGAUACCGGCGAGCUUGAACUUCCCGAAAACGGCGAAUUUGAUGUUGAAAUUGAGAUGAGAAAGCGAGAGCGUGCCAAUCGACCGGACUGGAUGGGUGCAGAUGAAACCCGGUUGGACGACAGGCUGUAUGGCUGGUGGAAAAUCGGUGGUGCAUGGGGAAACCAAGACCACACUUCAGAUUACCACCCACCAUCGGAUGACUUCGAUACCACAAGUAUGGUCUCCAUGUCUACCAAUGCCUCGGAGUCAGAAUGGGAAAAUUACCCAUCAUCAUCCGAUGGUCGUCGAACUCCCACUCAACGUGAUCCGCACGCAGACAGGGCAAGCCCUCCACUUCAAGAUUCAUUAAUAGACAUGAGCACGCUCGCUCGCCUUCUUGAUCCUCGGGACCGUGAGAGUAGAGAAGAAGCACAGAUCCUAGCAGCGCAUCUCAAAACAAACGAAGAGGGUCCUCAAAUCAUGACGCGCAGCCGCUACCAGAAGCAAGUCGAGAGGGAGAGAUCCCGCAUCAUAUUUUCGUCACGUCUACACCAGUUAAAUGCCAUGCAAUCAGAAUCUGAAGUGCGUACCAAGCCUACGGCCGAAGAAGAAUCCGAGAUCCUCGAAAAACUCAUCCUUUCACGUCGCUCAGAGACUUCGUUCAAUGCCAGUACCCACACUUGGGAAUCAGGCGCAUCGGGUCUCGGCCCUAAUGGUCCGCCUUGUGUCGUCUGCCAGACAAGCCCACGUGCCAUCAUUACAUGGCCCUGUCGCUGUCUGUGCAUCUGCGAGGACUGUCGUGUUAGUCUUGCUAUGAAUAACUUCGGGAGUUGUGUGACCUGUAGGCAGGAGGUUGGGGGAUUCGUGCGUCUGUGGGUUCCUUAA